AUGAUCAACGCUAACCCCGGCUUCUGGAACGGCCCCUUUCGAUACCUUCGAUGGUCUGCUCAUAACCGACCCCAUCUCUUCUUCGCCUUCGCCAUUGGAAUCGCCGGCCCUGUCGCCGCGCUCACACUGACUCCUCUACGAAGAAAGUACCUUUACCCCGAUCACAGCCCCCUUCCCCAAUCAUAUCCUCUCCCCCAGCGUGCUCGAGAGCAGCUCACUGGCUUCGAUGACGAGUAA